AUGCGCAAGCCCUCCUUCUACACGCAGAUGGCUGGUGGCAACCCGCUGCCCCAUUGUCCUGGCACUCUCUCCGCGUGGACAUCUGUCAUUGCACCUGGUGCCUUUGCUGCCUACCAUGCCAGCUCUGCCGUCGUGCAGGCUUUUGAUGAUUUCUGGCAAUUCUUCACUCCCAUUGAGCAGGCCCUGCCGCGCACCUGCUCUGCCGAUGUCAAGCUCGUCAUCAAGCAAGUAGACAGUGUGCUCGACAAGGGCUUCGCCAAGGAGAUCGAUGCGAUAAAGGAAGACUUCGGCUUGGAGACUCUUGAGGACAAUGCCGACUUCGCCUGGUACCUGCUGAGGCCUAUCAUCGAGUGGGCAAGCAACGAAACCGCAGUAUACGAGUUCUGUGACUAUAUCGAAACAGGCCAGCAGCCUUUGUGA